CCCUGCUGUAAUGUUGACCGUCCGUCCUUUGCGUGGAAAUGUUGUGUAGCUAAGGUUAAAAGCAACGAUAGUGACUUUUCCCAAACAUGUCAAAUGGUCGGUGUAGUCUCAUAUCACUGCUUCUUUUCAAUCAAGUGCAUUUAAGAUGUCGCUUAAUCUUUGUAUUUUAGCUCUUUCUCGCAUACCUGUCAAACACAGAGUGCGUAACGUUACAGCCCCUCUAUCAGCAACUGUUCACAGACUCUGGACUACUCACCCUGUAUAUGUACAAGAAAAUGGAUUAUGUGGAGAUUCCCAGAGACGGAGUGUAUCAUCGAAUAGUUCAUCCCGCCCCCCAGAUACCUCGUUAUUUGUGCCUAUAACUGUAAAAGGUGAAACGGUUGGGGAUGGAUCAAUAGGUCUUGAGUUGACUCAACCACUGGAUAAAGGUGAACUUUUGAAGGUCCUAAACAAAUUCUACAAAAAGAAAGAGAUGCAGAAACUUGCUGCAGACCAGGGUUUGGAUGCUCGGCUCUUUCACCAAGCUUUCGUCAGUUUCAGGAAGUACGUCUUGGAAAUGACCGCGAUUACUGCAGAUCUGCACAUCAUUCUACAUGACAUCUGCUGUGGAGCAGGACAUGUAGAUGAUAUAUACCCAUACUUCAUCAGACAUGCUAAACAAAUAUUUCCCAUGUUGGACUGCAUGGAUGACUUGCGCAAGAUCAGUGACUUGCGUGUUCCAGCCAACUGGUAUCCUGAAGCAAGAACAAUUGACAGAAAAGUCAUCUUUCAUGCUGGCCCAACAAACAGUGGGAAAACCUAUCAUGCCAUCCAGAGAUACCUAGCAGCCAAAUCUGGUGUCUACUGUGGACCAUUAAAACUACUCGCUCAUGAAAUCUCUGAAAAGACCAAUAAUGCUGGUGUGCCUUGUGACCUGGUGACUGGAGAGGAGCGGGCCUUUGUAGACCCAGACGGGAGACAGGCCGGUCAUGUGGCCUGUACCAUCGAAAUGUGCAGCGUUAAUACUCCCUAUGAGGUGGCCGUGAUUGAUGAGAUUCAGAUGAUCAAAGAUCCGUCUCGAGGAUGGGCAUGGACCAGAGCCCUUUUGGGAUUGUGUGCUGAAGAGAUCCAUGUUUGUGGAGAAACCGCAGCCAUCAACUUCAUCAAAGAGCUGAUGUACACCACAGGUGAAGAGGUGGAGGUUCAUAACUACAAAAGACUGACGCCGUUUUCCAUUCUGGACCAAGCAGUGGAGUCGCUGGACAACCUGAGGCCUGGAGACUGCAUCGUGUGCUUCAGUAAAAAUGACAUCUACUCCAUCAGCAGACAGAUUGAGCUCAGGGGCCAGGAGUGUGCUGUUAUCUAUGGCAGCCUACCUCCCGGCACAAAGUUAUCCCAAGCCAAGAAGUUCAAUGACCCAGAUGACCCCUGCAAAAUCCUUGUUGCUACAGAUGCUAUAGGCAUGGGAUUAAAUCUGAGCAUUAAGCGCAUCAUCUUCAACUCUCUGGUGAAGCCCACCACCAACGAGAAGGGGGAGAAGGAGAUGGACACCAUCUCCACCUCGCAGGCGCUGCAGAUCGCAGGACGCGCCGGACGCUUCAGUUCCGUCUACAACGAGGGCGAGGUCACCACCAUGUACCGCGACGACUUGCCCAUCCUCAAGGAAAUACUGGGCCAGACUGUUGAACCUAUAGAGACGGCAGGUUUGCAUCCCACAGCAGAGCAGAUUGAGAUGUUUGCGUAUCACCUCCCGGAUGCUACUCUCUCCAAUCUGAUUGAUAUAUUUGUCAGCCUGUCACAAGUAGAUGGACUAUAUUUUGUCUGCAACAUUGAUGACUUCAAGUUCCUGGCUGACAUGAUUCAGCACAUUCCGUUAAACUUGCGCUCGCGCUACGUGUUCUGCACUGCCCCCAUCAACAGGAAACAGCCAUUCGUCUGCACCUCCUUCCUCAAGUUCGCCAGACAGUUCAGUCGGGACGAGCCACUGACCUUUGGUUGGGUGUGUCGCCAUGUCAGCUGGCCUCUGGCCCCGCCCAAAAACAUCAAGGACCUGGUGCACUUGGAGGCCGUGCAUGACGUCCUGGACCUUUACCUGUGGCUCAGCUAUCGCUUCAUGGACAUGUUCCCUGAUGCCAACCAGGUGCGCGAGGUGCAGAAGGAGCUGGACACCAUCAUCCAGCAGGGCGUCCGCAGUAUCACCCGCCUUAUCCGGGCCUCUGAGUCCCAGGGCGCACCGGGAGUGACCGCCGCCACCGGACCAAACGCUACCCAGACCUCCCAAAAUGAUACGGCGGGCCCCAGAGGCCGAGGGACCAAGGCCCUGAACCACAGAAGCCCGUCUGGACCCGGGAGAGUGGACAGCCCUCUGGGCUCCAAGCUGGUUCAGGAUGGACUGCUCACGCCAAAGCUUUUAGAGCAGCUGCAGAGAGAGUGGGCUAAGAGAUUGAGCCAAGAUGGCGGCUCUGGGAAGGCUUCCACAGGAAAUGACAAAACCAAAGGGAAGAAUAAGAAGAAAAAGAAGUGACCUCCGUCAAAGCAGACUGUAAUGCUCCAACUGAACACUCUGUGUGCAUAUGUGUGAAUGUGUGUCUGUAUGUUUCAUGCCUUCCUCAGAUGUUUUUUUUUCACAUCUUAGGGGCUAUGGUGAAGGCUGGAAACAACAUAAAUGAGCAUGUGAUCAUGAUAAAGAGAAUCACUGAGGUCCCAGUGUUUCAUAGAUUCUGCACACGGAAAGGAUAGUUCCCCUGCUUGGUCCUGUUUAAAGUCAUCUCCAUACAGUAGAAGGUACUAUUUUCUGUUAAGUCUCUUUCUCUUAAGUGGCAACAAGCGCUUAUGUGACCCACAUCAGCUGUGAGGAUGGACAUCAAGGGACACGUCCACAAGAAGAGGACACCCGUCUCAAAAGAAAUAGACCUUUGGGUAGUUUUUCUUAUUGGUGAAUGUGAUCAAAGCCACGCCGGUGCCACCAAACACCAUUCAUAGUUUUAUACAAUUAAAUAUCCUUUUUGUUAACUGGGCUAACUGAUAAAUUAUGCAUUGACGCUGUGUAAUAAAAUAGUAAACCUA